AUGGCCAUGGAUGAACAACAAUCAUCAGAGCUAUUGACAUCAGAAAAUGGAAGAGAAUUGUCAGAGAACUACAGAGAAGAAGGGAGAGAAAAGGGUCCUCAUCGUCACCCUCAAUCAGGAACCAUCUCUUUCCCCGGUGGUGGCUUCAUUGGGAAACAUAGGUUGCAAGCAGCCCUGACCCACCUCAAUAACCAAAUCACCAUUUUGCAGGAAGAAUUGGAAAAAGUUGAAACAAUUGGUGAAUCCUCCACCGUUUGCAAGGAUUUAAUUUCAAGCGUUGAAUCCACUCCAGAUCCUCUCCUUCCAUGCACCAAAGGUUCAGUGGAUGCUGCUUGGGAUCGAUGGUUCGGAGCCACCCACCAUUCUCGAACACACAAACGUUGGAUUUAG